CAAAUUAGAAACAUACCAGUGUGAAUCGUGGAGAGGAGCCAACAUCUUUGAGGUUUUGAAUCGUGAUUCUCGUAAUUGCUUAUCACUAGAUGCGUGAGAGAGAGUGACGAUGGAACUCAAUGGAGACGACGCUGGAUCUCGUCGGAGAUGACGACAGAUCUCAACGGAGAGAGAAGAACGAUCUCCACAGGGAGAGAGACGAUGGAUCUGACGGAGAGAGAGACGGUGGAUCCGACGGAGAGAGAGACGGUGGAUCCGACGGAGAGAGAGACGGUGGAUCCAAAAGGAGAGAGAAGAAGGAUCACGACGGUGGAGAAGAAGGAAACGAUAGAUUGAAGUAAAGAUAAGGUUAGUUUAGUCUUUUACCAAUUAAAUAAUGUGCUAUUUAUGAAAAUGUCUUUUGAGUGGUGGUAUAAGUGAAAAAUGGUAUCAAGAAAAGUGUAUAAGUAAAAUUUCCCCUUAAUAAAAUAAUAAAUUCAAUACAAUUAUCAAAAUAUUUUACUAAUUAUUUUUUUAAAAAAACAUUACGCAAAUAUGAUCACAUAUAAAAACACGAUUACAAAAAAAUACAUAUAUGAUACAAGGAAAUACACAAAUGCAUAUGAAAGUUGAUUUAUUUAAUAUACUUACAAAAAUUAUCUAUUCUAUUAAAUUCAUAUCAUACAAAAAUAUGAUUAUACAAACACACAAAUAUAUAAAUUAUAUUAGGCAAAAAUUUCAAAAACAAAAAAUAUAGUCAAUAUCUAGUGUGUUAUUAAUAUUAUUUGAUUACCCUUAAUAAAACAUGCAAUGUUAGUAAAGAAAAAAACAAACUAAGGUAAAAAGGAAUAGUAUAGAUACAUACAACAUUUAAAAAAAAAAAUCAUCUGCGUGUAGGGCAUAUUAUCAUCUAGUACUUAAUGAAACGCAGGGGAUAAAUUAGAUAGGACACGUGUUACCUGAGAAUAAACCAAACUGAUGACGUGGCCCUUGAGAAGAGUUUAGAGAAAACUAUAUAUAUAUAUAUAUAUGAGCCUUCUUCAUUCCGAUUAGUCUGAGAAAAGAAAACGAACCCUAAUUGUGUGGCCAUGGAAGACGACGGCGGCACGAGCGCCCCAAAGUUACCGAUCCCGGGAAAGAGGAACAUACUAAUCACGAGUGCUCUGCCUUACGUCAACAACGUCCCUCAUCUCGGAAACAUCAUCGGAUGUGUUCUGAGUGCUGAUGUGUAUGCAAGAUACUGUCGUCUCCGUGGGUACAAUGCGAUAUAUAUAUGUGGGACUGAUGAAUAUGGAACUGCUACUGAGACCAAAGCUCUGGAGGAGAACUGCUCCCCAAAAGAAAUCUGUGACAAGUACCAUGCCAUUCACAAAGAAGUUUAUGAGUGGUUUGAUAUAAGUUUUGACAAGUUUGGGCGGACUUCAACUCCUGAACAGACUCAAGUCUGCCAAGCUAUUUUCAAUAAGUUGUUUGAUAACAACUUUCUUUCGGAGAACACCAUGCAGCAGCUUUACUGCGAUACAUGCAAGAAGUUCUUAGCUGACCGCCUUGUUGAGGGUUCUUGCCCGUUUAAAGAAUGUAACUAUGAUUCUGCUCGUGGAGAUCAGUGUGAAAAAUGUGGAAAGCUCCUUAAUCCUACCGAACUCAAAGAUCCCAGGUGCAAGGUCUGUCAAACUACACCCCGAAUUCGUGACACAGACCACCUGUUUAUUGAGCUUCCGUUGCUGAAAGAUAAGUUGGAAGAGUAUAUUAACGAGACAUCUGUUACGGGAUCUUGGAGUCAAAACGCUAUUCAAACGACGAAAGCAUGGCUUAAGGAAGGGCUUAGACAGAGAUGUAUUACAAGGGAUCUGAAGUGGGGAGUUCCUGUUCCACAUGAGAAAUAUAAGGAAAAAGUCUUUUACGUGUGGUUUGAUGCUCCUAUUGGGUACGUCUCAAUAACGUCAUGCUACACAUCUGAAUGGGAGAAGUGGUGGAAGAAUCCUGAGAAUGUGGAGCUUUAUCAGUUUAUGGGGAAAGACAACGUGCCUUUUCACACUGUGAUGUUUCCAUCUACGCAGCUUGGAACUGGGGAGAAUUGGACACUGAUGAAGACAAUCAGUGUGACUGAAUAUUUAAAUUACCAAGAUGGGAUUUCAGGAAAGUUCUCCAAGAGUAAAGGUGUUGGAGUGUUUGGUAAUGAUGUAAAAAGUACAAAUAUCCCUGUCGAAGUUUGGAGAUAUUACUUACUGGCGAACAGGCCUGAGGUGUCGGACACACUAUUUACAUGGAAAGAUUUGCAAGCAAAACUGACUGGCGAGUUACUGAAUAACCUAGGCAACUUUGUUAACCGAGUUCUGACUUUUAUAGCAAAGCCUGAACCUGCAGGUUAUGGGUCUGUCAUUCCUGAUGCUCUUGGUGCUGAAUCUCAUCCUUUAACGCAAUCUAUGGCUGAAAAUGUUGGAAAAUUUGUGGAGCAGUAUGUUGAAGCCAUGGAAAAGGUUAAGCUCAAGCAGGGUCUGAAAAUUGCUAUGAGCAUCUCGAAUGAAGGGAACGCAUACUUGCAGGAAGCCAAAUUUUGGAAACUUUACAAGGAAGAUAAACCUUCUUGUGCAAUUGUUAUAAGAAGUGCUGCUGGUUUAGUUCAUCUUCUUGCACAAUUGUUAGAACCUUUCAUGCCAUCAUUUUCUCGUGAGGUAUUUAAACAGCUAAAUUUGCCUCUACAAUUUUCACUCACUGACGAGGGAGGAGAGGUUUUAUUAGCAAGUAGACCGUGGGAGAUUCUGCCUCGCAAUCACAAGAUAGGCACCCCUCAACCAUUGUUCAAGGAAUUGACAGAUGAAGAAGUGCAACAGUACGAAGACAAGUUUGCUGGAAAUCAGGGUGAUAGACGUGCAAGGGAUGCAGAAGCCGCAAAUAUGGCGGCAGAUCAACUUAAGAAAACAAAACUUUCAGAUGCUAAAAAGCAAAAAGCAUCAAAAGGUGCAGCAACAUCCAAAACUCAACCGGAUGCUGAUCGUGAAAUUACAAUGGCAAGACUUGAUAUUCGAGUCGGCAAAAUUCUCAAGGCUGAGAAACAUCCUAACGCAGAUUCGCUGUAUGUGGAACAAAUUGAUGUUGGAGGACCUGAAACUCGGACUAUUGUUAGUGGAUUGGUCAAGUACAUACCUCUUGAGGAGAUGCAGAACCGUAUGGUUUGUGUUCUUUGCAACUUGAAGCCGGCGAAAAUGAGGGAUGUUAUGUCACAAGGAAUGGUUCUUGCCGCUUCCAGUAGUGACGGCAGCAAGGUGGAGUUAGUCGAGCCCCCUGAAUCGGCUGAGAUUGGAGAGCGAGUUAGAUUUCAAGGGUUUGAAGGCGAGCCAGACGUUGUCUUAAAUCCGAAGAAGAAAGUGUGGGAGACUCUUGUGGUGGAUCUGCACACAGAUGAGAAUCUAGUUGCUUGCUACAAAGAUUUACCCUUCACUACAGAUGCAGGUGAAUGCAAGGUUUCAUCCAUCAGCAAUGGCACGAUCCGGUAGAUCUCAUUUGAAAACUUGGGAUUUUUUUAUUAACAAACAUGUUUCUGUUGAACUAAUAACUUGUUUUCACCUUUGGUUAUUAGUUGAUGGUUUGAGAGAGAGUGUUAAUUUUUA